GGCACUUUCUACCUAGCUGGCAACACUGUCGAAAGAAAUCCGACGACAACGUGGUAAGGGCAACAGAAAACACUGUGCCAGUACUUUAUUGAAGUAAUUAUUACAACUGUCGGCCACACCAGUUCUCCCACAGCAUUUGGCCGUCUUGUGCGACAUCGCAUUGAAUGCGCUUCGACACUCCGCCACCCAUGGACGACUUCAGCGAUCGCGACGACGACGACGACAUUCCAGGCGACCUCGAAGAUGAUAUGGAAAUAAUAGAAGGUUACGAGGACUCGGACGUCGACAGCGACGAAGCAAACUUUGACGAUGACGAAGCAGGUGGUGGAGACACGCAUUUCCCGGCACCAUCGCGAAAUGACGCCAAGAUCACCUUUCAAAGCCACGACCAAGCCGUCUUCAGCUGCGACGUCAAUGCCACCAACACGUACGUCGUAUCGGGAGGUGAGGACGACCGUGCGUUCGUCUGGAAUUUAACCAACGGUGAAGUGUUAUUCGAGUGUACAGGACAUAAGGACUCCGUAACAUGCGUAGGCUUCAAUCACGAUUCAUCUUUAGUAGCAACGGGUGACAUGAGUGGAUGUAUUAAAGUAUGGGACAUUUCCUCUAUGAGCACGGUCUGGGAAUUUGAAACGUCCGACCUCCGAUGGCUUCAUUGGCACCCUGUCGCUAACGUACUCUUCGCUGGCACCAGCGACGGAAACGCAUGGCUGUGGAAAAUUCCCAGUGGUGACUGUAAAACCUUCCAAAGUUUUGGAGCAGAAAGUUCAGCAGGGAAGAUUCUUCCGGACGGCAAGCGAGCAGUAACAUCUUACGAAGAUGGAACGUUUAGGAUAUGGGACCUCAAAUCCGCUACAGUCAACCACUCCAUAACUGGUAGUGCUGCCCACAGCUCAACUAUAACCACACUGGACUGUUCGUCGACUGGAGACCUAGUGGCUACUGGAUCGACUGACGGCCUGACCAAACUUACCAACGUCAACAAUGGCAAAGUUGUAGCCACCUUCGGCUCAGCAAACAGCGAAAGACCCGGCAACCCUGACGAAACCGAACUCGACAACAGCAACUCUGUCGAGAGCGUCGCGUUCGCACCAGGCUCGUCGAACAUCCUGGCCGUCGGCUCCCUGAACGGCAACUUGAGCAUUUGGGAUGUUCCGAAUCAGAUGGAGAGACACACCUGUCGUCACCCAGGGGGAAUCGUGAGACUGUUGUGGAACGGACAGAAUCAUGUAAUAACAGUUUGUCUCGACGGCGUCGUCAGGGCUUGGGACACCAGGUCUGGCCAGCUGGUCAAGUCCUGGGAAGGUCACGUGGCUGGAAUACUGGACGUGGCCCUCUCGCCUGACGGAAAGACUAUUGUCACAGCAUCCGAAGAUUGUACGUGCGCCGUCUAUAAGGAUUUGCCCGAUUAGUUACACAAAGUCAUCCGGCAGAGUUAGUAUUAAAACGUGUCUCAUGAGUGCGCGUCGUCAAAAUGCAUUUUAAACGCACGAAGAAGGUUAAUAUAAUUCUACUUAUUGACGAAAAUGUCUGUGAUAUGAUAUUUUUCUGAUUUGCUGAAAAAUUUGUGUGCCACAUUAGUUUCAAAGUGACGCACCUGAAAAGGUGAAAAUAAAAAAAAAUAUUUGUUGCACUGCA